AUGUGUGCUGCGGUGGUAUUCAAUCCGGAAUGCUGGCCUGUAGGAGCAAUAAUGAUCACCGCAAUCAUCAUCGAUUUCGUCCUAACAAGUUGCUAUGUGUUCCUGUACAUCCCGCUCGUAAUCGGAAAACCAUUUCGUGUGCUCUCGAGUUUCUUCUAUCGCGUCAUCAGAUUUGUUAUCCACACGAUGUUACAGAAAUGUCGUCGAAAUAGGCGAAGACGGGCGAAUGUCGCGGAUCUGACAGAACUGCUGGCAGUAGCUAUGAUGGCAGCGGCUGCUGUAGUAACCGGAUGUCAACAAGUAAACAUAUUUACUCAUCGUUCUACCGUAUGUUCCAACGAAAAGACGGUCUGCAAAGUACAACUAUCUGAGGUCCUGAAAAUAAACCCCUUCAAACAGGAGGCGUGUUUCAAACUGAGGAACAACAGGACUGCCAUCCACGAAAUUCGAGCUACAUGGAAUUCGCUCUUGCUCACUUGUGAACCGGAGAGCAUUUCUUUCACCAUAUCACUUAUCAUAUCCUCGACAGCAAGCGAUGCCCCCACACAGGAUCAUGCAUUGGAUCGAAAUGCGCUGCUAUCAACAGUUCGAGUAUGA